GCGCUCCCGCACAAACCCCGCCUCGCCUCACAGCCACGCGGCCUUCCCGCACUCAGGAUGGCCCCGCAAUGGCUUCACUCGCGGCUCAGUGCCCAACUCCAGCAUGGCGACACGCGCCUCACCAGCUCGCCGUGCCCUUUCUCAAAAUGGCAGCUGCAGCCUUCAGCCGGGCGGGGCUGCCCAUAAAGGCUGGCAAGGCUUCCCGCCCUCCUUUCCCUUGAGCAGGACGGCGGCGCUGGGCGGUGUCGGGCGCUGCCGCCCCGCCCCGGGGCAGGCGGGCGGCGCGGUCACGUGCGCGCGUUGCCGGGCAGUGCGGAGGCACCGGGGGCCGGGGCGGCCGCGGGAGCGAAGCUGGGCCGGGAUGGGCUGCGCGGCGCUGCUCUGGGGCGCGAUCCUGCUUGCCUGCAGCUGCGGCCCGGGGCCCCCCAGGGUCGGUGCCGCUCCGCUCUUGGCGGCCACCUACGUGCUGGACGAUGCCAACGGGCUGGGCAGGGAGUUCGACGGAAUCGGGGCUGUCAGCGGCGGCGGGGCCACAUCUAGACUCCUGGUGAACUACCCAGAACCUUACCGCUCCGAGAUUUUAGAUUACCUGUUCAAGCCAAAUUUUGGUGCAUCUUUACAUAUUCUCAAGGUAGAGAUUGGAGGUGAUGCACAGUCAACAGAUGGCACUGAACCCUCCCAUAUGCACUAUGAGAAUGAUGAGAACUACUUCCGGGGCUAUGAAUGGUGGCUGAUGAAGGAAGCCAAAAAGAGGAACCCCAAAAUUAAACUGAUUGGGCUACCUUGGGCAUUUCCAGGAUGGAUAGGGAAGGGUGAAAAUUGGCCCUAUGACUAUCCAGAUAUCACUGCUUACUAUAUUGUUUCUUGGAUAUUAGGAGCAAAACAGUAUCAUGAUUUGGACAUUGAUUAUAUUGGGAUAUGGAAUGAAAGGGCAUUUAGUAGCAAAUACAUUAAGCUGUUGAGGUACACAUUGGAUAAGCAUGGUCUGGAGCAGGUGAGGAUCAUAGCCAGCGAUAGACUGUGGGAGCCCAUUUCCUUUGUCAUGAUGAUUGACUCUGAGCUCCACGGAGUGGUCGAUGUGAUUGGGGCUCACUAUCCUGGGACAAAAACAGUGAAAAAUGCCUUAUUAACUGGGAAGAAACUGUGGUCAUCAGAAGAUUACAGUACUUUCAAUAAUGAUGUUGGUGCAGGCUGCUGGGCUCGGAUCCUGAACCAAAACUACGUGAAUGGAAACAUGACCGCAACAAUUGCAUGGAACCUGGUGGCCAGUUAUUAUGAGGAGCUGCCCUUUGGUCGAUGCGCGUUAAUGACAGCACAGGAGCCGUGGAGUGGCCACUAUAAAGUUGAAUCUCCUAUCUGGAUUACAGCACACACCACACAGUUUACUCAGCCAGGCUGGUCAUACUUGCAAGUGGAUGGACACUUAGAAGGAGGUGGCAGUUUUGUAGCUCUGACAGAUGGCCUAGGGAACCUUACCAUCAUCAUUGAAACUAUGAGUCAUAAUCACUCCAAAUGUAUCAGACCUCCAUUGCCUAAUUUCAGUGUGGUACCUCAGAGUGCAACUUUCUACCUCAGAGGGUCAUUUUCUAUGGUGCAAACCCUUCAAGUGUGGCAUUCUAGACUUGAUUUUGAAUCUGGAAACUCCAGUCUUUUCCAGCAACUCCAUCCUUUACGGGUAUGGAGGGGAAGAUUUUCUUUAGAUCUGGACGUGGAUGAAGUCUACACUUUAACCACACUCAAGACAGGAUGGAAAUGUGGUUACCCAGAGCCGCCUCCUCCUCAGCCCUUCCCUUCCAUUUACAGUGAUGAUUUCAAUAUACGUAAUCCACCUUUCAGUGAAGCCCCAAACUUUGCAGAUCAGACAGGUGUGUUUGAAUACUUUGUAAAUGCUUCUGACGCAGGAGAUCAUGUGUUCACACUCCGCCAGGUGGUGGUUCAGCGGCCCAUCACUUGGGUUUCUGAUGCAGACCAGACCAUCAGUGUCAUAGGAAAUUUUAAGUGGGUAAACAUGACAGUCACUUGUGACAUCUACAUAGAAAAACCUCGUGAUGGAGGAGUGUUUAUUGCAGGAAGAGUUGACAAUGGUGGGAUAUAUGUGAGAGAUUCCAAAGGAGUUUUCUUCUGGGUUUUUGCAGAUGGCACCUACAGAGUCACUAGUGACCUAGCUGGAAAAGAAAUAUUAAUGAAAGGACUUGCUGGUGUUCGGGAUAAUGUAUGGCACACACUCACUCUCAACAUUCAGGGCAACUCUGCCUCAGGACUGUUGAAUGGUUAUCCUCUCUGGGAGAAUGUCACCAUUUCCAAACCGGGGAACGGCUGGGCUGCCCUCGGAACUCGCUCCUUUGAGUUUGCACAGUUUGACAACUUUCACAUUGAAGCUUGCUGAGGUGGCUUUGGCAUUUGGAGAACCUGGUUCUCAUGUUACUUUGCAUAAGAGCCAAGACAAACUGGAGAGCUGAGGGCUAAACUGUGAUUGAUCUCUUGGCAAAGAGUCUGGAUUCAGUCCGUGGUAAUUGUUUAAGGUUUACUUGAGUAGAUAUCAACAUGAUUGUAGCUUUAUCCCCUAUUGCUGUGGGAUUUUUGCCCUUCAGUUUUUGGGGGCAAAUUUUAGUUCAAGGUAACGAUGAAAACAAAUUCUUGGAUUUAAAUAUCUUUUAAUAACAACAUCCUAACUUACCAGCUCACUGCUAAGAUAACUUUAGAAAUUAACAGAAGACAGAUUCAUCCUAAGCUGCAUUUUUUAACACUUCUCUACUACGUCCAUUGCUUUCACUGUGAAAGAAAGAAUUAAAUGCCAGUAAGCCUUAUGAGCCAGUGGGCCCUGUACUUUUGUAGGUCCAUCAUUCUCAAAUUUCAUUUGGAUAAAGUACUUAGAUUUCCUAUAGUAAAAAAAGAUGUUUUGUCUGUUUUUUUGCUACAGUCUGUGACUAGACAUUGCAGUUCUCCAAAUGCACUUGAUUACAUCUUUCAACUUUCAUUGCCAGCUCUAAAAUAUAUCCUAUUUUCAGUGGAAUGGAAAUGUGCCUUAUGACUGAUCAGGGAGUGCAGCAUGUGGCUUACUUCUAAUCUACCUCCUCUUUCCACUGAAAGGGUUGAAAUGGAUGAAAAGAUACCAUAACUUACAGUUUGUUGGUGAUAAUAUUGUGGGGUUUUUUGCAUAGUACAAAGAGUAAAAACAUUGCAUCGUGGGUAUUUCCCUGUCAGGUCACAUGUGGAAACUGGCCUUUUGUUCCUAGAAACUUGGGCAAACAUCUCUCUCUUUUGAUAGAUUUAGAGCUUUGAAUAGAAAAUAAUUAAAGCCUAACAAUGAUAUUUAGUUUAUUGUAUUACUGUGGCACAGAGGAGAUAUGGAUACUAUCACUUCCUGGUAUAAAAGAAAUUUUUUAAAAAGUGGUCCUUUUCUUUAAUGGUUUGCAAACUGAUUAAAACGUAAAUAGCAGUUGGUGGACAGAGGGAAUUGUUCAGUGUGCCAAGCAGUGGUAAUGACACAAGGAUAUCUGUUUUUAAACUUUUCCUAGGUAUCAUGGAGUGAAAUUCAGAGGAUAAUUCAGAUCUUUGGGAAUGGAGGGAUUCUACUUAGCUGUUGCUUCAUUUUAUUUUUUCCCCCAAGUUACUGCAUUAUAAAAAAAGCAAUUAAUUGAGAACAUGAGGUACUGAAUGGGUUUUUCCUCACUGCAUUUGCAGUUUAAUUGGUUCCAGAAUUUUUCCUGUUUGUUGUUGGCCAGUUUGAAGGAAGAUGAUAUCCAUUGUCUUAAUGAAAUGUACUUCCUGUGUCCAUCUACUUUUCGCAUUCACAUCCUGUUUAAUUGACAAGCAAGUUGUUCCACAUACCUGAUAAGGCUCUAAUAGCUGUAUGAGGCCAUUUGUAGCAGGCAACAUCUGAAGGUUUUCAGUGUAGUUUGAUUUAUAGAGAUUAUUCUUCUGAUCCCCUUCAUUUUGAAGGCUGAUUCCAAUAAUUGUUAACUUCAGUCUUUGAAGUUGUCAUCUAAUAUAAAGUUAAUGUUAUACAGAUCAUUCCUGGAAAAUUUUUAUAAAGUUGAUCUUCCAUUUUCAGUUUUGGAGAAGAGUUCUUAAAAUUCUGUCUCUAGUAAGAAAAAAUGUUGUGUCUUUUAGCUGUUAUAUUGAUACUACUUAUUCAUACUUGGAAAUUUCAUACAUGCCAGUAACCUUGAAAAAUGGUUUAAACCACUAAACUUUAAAACUCUAGUAGAAGACUUCCAAAUGUUAAGUAACUGUUUACUUAAGUGGGUGAAAAAUGAAAGGCAAUUUUCCAUGUAAUUUUCAAGUAUGGAUGCAGAUCUGUUCAUUGCUUGCCUGAUUUCCUAAGGAAUGUCACUGGUCACUCCACAUGUGAAAGAAUCUGAUUUUAGGUCCUCAUAUUCAGGUAAUAUGAGUAUAAUAAUCUCAGAAUAAAUUAUUUUAGCUGUGAUGGAUUCCUGUAGUUGGAUGCUUCUUGGAGACUUCCUGGUAUCUUCUGUGGCUGCAAGCAGAGAGAUCAGCAAUGAUGCUGUUAUUCCAAAGGAGCUGUUCGUUUUUUUAACUUUCUGAUGCACUACUGUAAUACUGUAUUGUUAUAUUGUGUACUAAACACCAUGUAUUUUAUCAUUGGAAAUGUUGAUUUUUUUCCCCUAAUCUUAAUUUACAAUGUUGGAGGAUUAAAGUGUUAUGCACAGAGUAAGUGAUUUAAUGGUGACAUAAUGUUAUUCAUCUUUAUAUGUCUGUAAUUCUUCACCCUUCAGUAGACUGUAAUAUGUUUGGCAAUAACAAGCUGUCAGGUUUUUCACUGAGGGGUGGAUUUAUGUUGUUGAUUAUAAAUGCUAAUCAUUCCAAAUGGACAAAUAAAACACUUAAAAACGCU